UCAGACAUCCACAGGCAGUACAUUCAGAUAACCAAUAGUUCCUCCAUUCACCCAGCUCCGCCACUAAACCACCACCGCCCGAAAAGGGGGAAAAAUAAGAAAAAGGAAAAUUCAUUUUUAAGCUUUACAGAGUUGUAAAGUUUCUUUUUGAGAAGAAAGGAGCAUUUAUCUCGGUUUAAUCCUAGAUUGAAAUGUGGAGGAACCACCAUGGAUUCAUCAGAAUCAUCAAUAUUUGAAAAGCCCCAAAAUGGAAAUCUAGGGUUAGGGCUUAUUAACCCAGAAUCAACUCCGAUUGAUCCGAUCAGUGAUCAGGGUGGUGAAAAGGAGGUUUUUGAUCCCCAAAAUGCCCCUGAGGGGAAGAAUGAUCUUCCAAAGGGUAUUGAUGAAGAGGUGAAGGAGAAGGCUGUUGAAGAGGAAGAGGUGAAAUUGAGGGAUGCCAUUGAGAGAGAGAUUCAUCAGCUGACCUUGGAGCAGGCAGAGAUUGAGGCGGCCUGGGAGGAGGGUCCUGGGCUUAAUGAUGAUUAUAAGGAAGGGAAUGAGGUAAGAACCGCUGAAAAUGAGAAUGUUGAUGGAGCAAAAGGUGUAGAAUAUGAGGUAAACGAGAACCAAAAUAAAGAAAAAGAUGGACAAGAUGUGCAGAAUUGGGAGGAUGAGGAUAGAAAUGGGGGUUAUGAUGAGAAUGAGAGCAGUGGAGAAGAGUAUGAGGGGGAAGGGAAGUCGAUGGAGGAAUCGGUGAAGGGAGGGAUGAAUAUUGAUUAUAAUAGUAGGAAGCCUCAGUAUCCGCUGAGACCGGAUGCUGAGGAUUGUUCGUUCUAUAUGAAAACGGGGUCUUGUAAAUUCGGAUCGGGUUGCAAGUUUAAUCACCCUUCCAGAAGAAAGCAUCAGGAUGUUAAGGAGAGAGAAAAUCAAAGGGAAGGGAACCCAGAAAGGGCUGGACAGAUUGAAUGCAAGUAUUACUUGACAUCAGGGGGAUGCAAGUACGGAAAGGCUUGUAAAUACUAUCAUGGCACAGGCAGAAGCCCAAUAACCCCUAUUCUGAAGCUCAACUUUUUAGGCCUGCCAAUUCGAACGGGGGAAAAAGAGUGUACCUACUACAUGCGCAAUGGGUCCUGCAAGUAUGGUUCAAACUGCAGGUUUCAUCAUCCCGAACCUACUGCAGAGCCUGGAGGUAACCCUCCUCCUGGAUAUAGCAAUGGUGGAUCUCUUCCACCACAAGGUUUUUUCUCGUCAUCCACCUCUUCUUGGUCUCCGCCAAAGGCAUUAAACGAGACUGCUUCUGUUGCACCGUUAAUGCUUCCUGCAACUCAAGUCAUACCUUCUCCAAAUCCAGAAUGGAAUGGAUAUGAGGCUGCAAACUACCCAUCAUCAGAGAGGAGCUUACCUACACCUCCGGCAUUUUCCAUGAGCUUACCGACCAACAUGAACUUCCCAUUUCACCAUCAACAGGAGAUGGUAAUCGAAGAAUAUCCAGAGCGCCCUGGCGAACCAGAAUGCAGUUUCUUCUUAAAAACUGGAGAUUGCAAAUACAAAUCAAAUUGCAAAUUUCACCAUCCAAAGAAACGCUACUCAAAGCCAAUGGCAAAUCCGUGUACUCUAAAUGACAAAGGCCUUCCUCUCAGACCUGAUCAGCUCAUCUGUUCACACUACUCUCGGUUUGGAAUUUGCAAGUAUGGACCUGGUUGCAAAUUCGAUCAUCCAGCUAAAUUUGCUAUCUCACAGCCACCACCUUAUGAUCGGCCUCCAUUCAACUCUCAAAACUCCUGAUGGGGCAGGAAUCAUCACAAUGAAAGGAAGUGGAAGUGGUUCUUCAAUUUCGUAGUCUUAAGAUUAGCGUUACAUUUCCUUUAUAGAUUAAAAUCUCCAGGAAUUAAACUAACUGAAGAUCAAAGUUUCUGCUUCAGCUCAAGCAGAGGACAGAAUAUGUAAGUUAUUCAUAUGUUUCACACUUCGUAGGAUUACAAGAUAUACUCUGUUUCUGUGGCUGAUUUCUGUGUUUAGCCCCCAUUUGACUAUCUUUAAAGUAAAACUCUUUAAUUCUCA